AAAAGGGCUGCGAGGUUAUUGCAAGGUGGAAGCAGACUUGUGUGAGGCAUUUCUAUUGGUCAGUUACCUCUACAACACCAAAGCUUGGAGAUGUGAUACUAGCUAAAUUCAAGGCCUUCCUGUAUCACAUCAUAAACCAACACAAAGAUUUGCCAAACCAGCUCUUUAAUAAGAGUGCUCACGAUCUAAUUAUUACGCCACGUGUUUUUUUUUGACAAAAGGUAUUUGUAUUUUCUAUUCUGGCUCAUAUAGCAUUUCAGCAUAGAUACAAUGCAUGAAGUCAAUACUCACCAAAUGUCUGAAAAUACUAUUUUCUCAUGGGCCAUUGCCUACGAGAAGUUGGUUGAAGCCCUUACUCAGCACUCGCUAUUGAAGGGUAUCAAGCAAGCAUCCCCUGUGGUACAGACCAGCUGCUUAGAGGGAUACCACUCUGUUGUAAACCAGUUUGCCCCGAAGAUGCUGGGCUACUCCUACUUGGGAUGUUGUGCCGGUGAUACUAUUUUAGCAGCCAUCCACUUUAACUAUAACCUGAAGAGGGAGACGAAAGUUGACGCUCAUGCAAAUCCAAGGCUGAAGGUGACCUACCCUAAAUACAAACAGGGAGAGGCGACAGUCCGAGAAGUAAUAGUGGUCCAAAACUAUGGUAAAGGACUCCGAAAUAAAAUAAAUUGCAACAGACCGGAGGAAUCUGUGGAAAUAGAAGCCAAGAAUUGGAAGUGGGAACAUGCAAAUGGAAUAAAUCAACACAAACUUUGA